AUUGCGCUAUGACGAUUGCUUGGGGACUGCAAGUUGAAGUUGAAUGUUGAACUUGUUGCAAACAACUUGAACUUGCUGGAAACAACAAGGAAGGCUAUUGCAAGACGUCUUGAAACCGAUCGAUAAUGGCCGUGGACCUGGUGGCUGUAUGGGACGUGCCAUGCAGUGAUGGCAUCCACCAGGUGGAGGUAGAACAUGGCACCAUCUCGGGAAGAAGGAUCAUCAAAGUUGAUGGGCAGGAGAUUGUUCGCCGCGACUGGAUGUUCCGUCUAGUGGGCAGCGAGACGUUUGAGGUGGGCAGGCCGCGCGUGCGCUGCACGGUCAAGAUCGAGCCGUGCGGCGCGUUCGCCUAUCAGUACUCCCUGGACGUGGAUGGGAAGGCGUUCCGCAGCUUUACCGAACACCAGUCCAAGGUGAUGCGCACCUGGCUGGUCACCGCCCGCGAGGGCACCUACCGCGUCGUUCUUGAAAAGGGAACUCUGGAUGUGUGGGUGAACGGCCGAAAACUGGAGACAGCGGGAGAGUUUGUCGAAGACGGCACCGAAACUCAUUUCGAGGUGGGCAAGAAGCCGGCGUACAUCCGCGCCGUCACAAGCGGGGAUAAGCGUCAGGGUCUGGUCUACUCGCUGUAUGUUCAGGAGCAGCUCAUCCCUGAACACAAGGAGACCCUGUAGGUGCACAAAGACGCGGGUCUGAGGCAUGGCGACAGUCUAGAUGGCGGUGGUCGGUCGCAAGGGGGGGGGGGGAGCUGCACAAAACACCAGACUUAUUUAUAGUGGAGAGGACUUAUUUCGGUACAUAGUUACCGUUGAGUCGUAAUAUGGUUCGUCGCAUAUCAUGAACUUCUAGUCAAUUGCGAUAAUUUAUCUUGUAUACGUUCACAGACGAUUUAUGUUGUGACCUAGUGUUCGGUUGUUAUGCAGGUGUUUGUGUUUUGUUGUUGGGUUCCAUUUGACGUUCUUCUCAUAUCGAUCGAAGGGGACGUUGCUGAUGCCAUCCAAGGAGAUCAACUUUAUCAACAGUGGCGUAAGCCUAUGGUCACACUUAUUCUCCUUGUGUAGGUUUCUCAGUUUUAUCAUACCGAUCUCACGCCCGUUUCUUGCGUCGGCACCGUCACGGUCGCCUAGGAAUAUCAAAUAGUGAACGGUGCCUCCGGGCGCCGCUCAAUCACGAAAAGCUUCCUACGAACGUUGCUCACUAAAACAACAGCUAUAUCGGCAAUGAUUGAAACGGAUCAAACUCAUGACGAAUCUUCGUCUGUAGUAGGAGGAACUACAAGGUGGACGUCUUCAAAUCAAGUUCGGGGGCAGCUGACGAACAGUCGAUUGUGUGAAGCUCGGUGUCGCGAUCUCAGUCAGUGUGAGCACCUGUGCUUCUUCUUACUCUCCUAGCCCUGCCCAUCUAGUCUUUGAUCCCAGUCGUUGCACGCUGCUACGUAUAUUAAUGUUGCAGCCAUGAUCGUGGUAUUCUCACAAGAGCUUUGCGCCGCGCACAUCUAUGUAGUGUUCUGGUCGGGGUCGGAUGGCGACGCUAUACGCACAAGCGUGGGGUAUUCUGAACGAACGUACCACCUGCUCAGGAAGCGCUGGUCGCCGGUUUCUGGUCGAAAGGUAUUUAGAUGUACUCGUAGAUGAGUCAAUGUUGUUUAUGUUGUACCCGUGGGUGUGAUUCAACUGUGCGUACAGACAAGGCAUUCCGUCCAUUUCGCACAGCCUUUACGAGGUCCAUUUCGCACGGACUUGAUCUUGAUGAACAGAUGACAAUGUGUCAUCACUGAUUGUGAACAGCACAUCGUAGAUUAUCAGUGUUUUAUUGUGCACCGCUAACGAUUCCGUCCAAACUGUGGUUAUUCACCAGAAGCUGUAUCGUUCAUCUGUGAAAUACAGCUGUGUGUUUACCA